AUGGCAAGGUCUCUUCUCCUAAGAGGGCUCGUACGCCGCGUCUUACUGUUGCGUCUCAAUUGGCUUCUCUCAUUCAACAACUGGCCGAUACAAACAAGAACAUGGCUGAUCUCGUUCUCUCGUUCGCUGCCCUGGCUCAAUCUCUUGGUGCUGUUCAAGCGACACUGGCCGUCGGUUCUUCUUCUCCCUCCGCUCAACCUCUGGCUCUUCCAACCACAACUUCUCAAGCUGCGGCCGUUCCUGCUCUGGUCACUCAUGCUGGUCUCGGCCUUGGUUCUGGCUCUGGUGUUCAUGCUCGCUCUGGUGGUCUCGCUCGCUCUGUGGCUGCUCCUUCUCACCGUGGUGCUUCUACAACCGCUGUUCCACAUCUUGGCGGUUCCUCUCUCUUGCCUGGUCGUACUCAAGCUGUCCAUUCUCUCGCUCAAGAGACGCCUCCUUUUCCAGUUCCACUUCUUGGUGGUGCCUCUCUCUUGCUUGGUCGUGCUCACGAUGUCCAUUCUCUCGCUCAAGAGACGCCUCCGUGCCCAGAACUUAAUUUUUGUUUCUGAUUCUGCCAAAUUUUUCUGA